GAAUGUAUGAGCCGCUUCCUCCGUCUCCCGCCCUCCUCCAAUAAAGGCGCGAGGGAGCGCUUCUCCUCAGAGGUGAGGGAAAGAGGAGCGAGGCAAAGGCUCGACGGCGCGCGCGUGCGAAGGAUGGGACCCCGGCAGAGGCGGAACCCCUGAAGAAGAAGAACAACAACAAGAACAAGAGGCGGCUCUUUCGCCUGAGGAUGCGGCGAGGAGGGCUCUGUCCGGCGGCCUCAGUGCUGCUAGUGCUGCUUUUGGCGGCGUUGCGGGGCUCCGAGCCUCUCGCGGGAGACCAGCGCUGCCUGCUGGGCGGGACCAAGGCCACAGGGGCGCGCCCGCCCAACCCUUACGCCUCUUACCCGCGGGCGGCAACGGGCACCGGGGUGGCCUGGCCUCCUUGGCGGCGGAGGCGCGCCCGGAGCACCAGCGGUGCGGGGGAGGCCUGGGGCGGCGAGAAGGGGCCCCCCUUGCGCCCUUCUUCCUCCUCUGCCUUCGCCUUGUACUUCUCUGGCCGGAAAGAGCAGCUGUUUCUCCGCCCGGGCGCCCUGGCUGAGCUGCCUCGCGGGGAGUUCACAGUGGAAGCCUGGCUCAGACCUGAAGGCGGGCAGAGCAACCCAGCCAUCAUCGCAGGUGUGUUUGACAAUUGUUCCCACAUUACCAGUGACAGGGGAUGGACGUUGGGAAUCACUGCCCAGGAGCCUAGGAAAAAGAAUGCUCGCUUCUUCUUUUCACUCCGGACAGACCGCAUCAAGAAGGCCUCCACCAUAUUGGCAUACCAUCGCUACCAGCUCAAUGCAUGGGUUCAUGUGGCUGCCACUUAUGAUGGGCACCAGAUGUUGCUCUACCUGAAUGGAGAGCGGGUGGCUCGUAGCACCCAGCAGUGGGGUGACCUUCACAGUCGCUUCAUGGCUUCUUGUCGCACCUUGAUUCUGGGCGGUGACAAUUCAGGUGGGCAUAACUUCCGUGGCCACCUCACAUCGUUAACCCUUUGGAGUAUUUCUCUACCCCAGGAAAAGCUCCAGAGGGCCUUUCUGAGAAAGGCUGAAGAGUCUGAAGCUGCCAUAUUGCUCAAUGUGAGGUUCAGUCACUUGGAGCAACAGUGGGUACACUUCCAGAAUGGGGCAUAUCCCCUCGUGGAGUCAUUUCACCUUCUAGAGCCCCCGGUUUUGUCACCACUAACACCCCCACUGUGUGGGCAGACUGCCUGUGAUAAUGUGGAGCUGAUCUCUCACUACAACAACCACUGGCCACUGAGGAAUGAGAAGGUAGUACGUUACCGUGUUGUUAACAUUUAUGAUGAUGAUGGUCUCCAUCCUACCGUCAGCCAGGAGCAGAUUGCCCACCAACACCGAGUACUCAGUGAGGCAUUUGGCCAUUAUAAUAUCACUUGGCAACUGCAUGUGCACAAAGUGCGCAGUUCUUUGCUCCGCCACCGUGUGGUCCUGAUGAAUUGUGACCCUGGCAAGAUUGCCAAUGAGUUUUGUAACCCAGAAUGCAAGCACCCUCUGACUGGUUAUGAUGGUGGAGACUGCCGUCGGCCGGGGCGCUGCUAUUCUUGGCAGCGACGGGAUGGGGUUUGCAACAUGGAAUGCAACAAUAUGUUCCACAACUUUGAUGAUGGAGACUGUUGUAAUCCCAAAGUAACCAAUGUAAGAAAGACUUGCUUUGACCCAGAUUCUCCACAACGGGCAUACAUGAGUGUGAAAGAGCUGAAGGAGGCACUGCAGCUAAACAGCACUCACUUCCUCAAUGUUUACUUUGCCAGCUCUGUGCAGGAGGAGCUGGCAGGUGCUGGCACCUGGCCAUGGGACAAAGAUGCCCUCAGCCACCUGGGUGGCGUGGUUCUCAAUCCAGUUUACUAUGGUGUGCCAGGUCAUACAAAUACUUUGAUCCAUGAAGUAGGACAUGUACUGGGACUCUACCAUGUUUUCAAGGGGGUGGAUGAAAAGGAUUCCUGUGAUGACCCAUGUCAAGAAACAACACCAUCUAUGGAGACUGGAGAUCUUUGUGCUGACACGGCACCUACGCCGAAAAGCAAACUCUGUCGGGAUCCAGAUCUCAACAAUGACAUAUGUGGUCGAACCCACUUUUCUGGAACACCCUUCAAGAAUUACAUGAGCUACACAGAUGAUAACUGCACCAACAGCUUCACACCAAACCAAGUGGCCCGGAUGCAUUGCUAUCUGGAUUUGGUGUACCAGCAGUGGACUCAGGGCAGAAAGCCCACUCCUAUCCCCAUGCCUCCUGUGAUUGCGGGCCAGAGUGAGAAUACUCUCUCCAUACAUUGGCUGCCUCCCCUUAGUGGUAUUGUCUAUGAAAGAGAAUCUGGGAAUUUUUGUAGUGAUUGUGAUGAAGAUGGAGCAUUUAGCCAAUAUGUACAUGAGGCCUCUUCCCCUCUCAUCUGUGAUUCUUCUGGCUAUUGGACUCCAAAGGAAGCAAUAGGGCCUCCAGAUGUGAGCCAGCCUUGUGAGACCAGUCUGCAGGCCUGGAGCCCUGAAUUCAAUCUGUUCAAUAUGAGCAUGACCACCCCUUGCCUCCAGCCACUUGGGUGUAUUUUGGAAUUACACUUCCUGCAUCCAGUGUAUGCAGACUCUGUAAGGAUAUGGACCACUAAUUUCUCUGUAGACUCCAAGAUGCUAUCAGAUAUUGAGAUCCUGACACAGCAUGGGGACUCUGUACACCUGGGUCCCAUGAACACAUUCUGUGAUAUCCCACUCACAGUUAAACUGAAUCUAAACAAGAAGGUAUCUGGUAUAAAGCUCUAUACAUUUGAUGAGAAAAUGGAGAUAGAUGCUGCUCAACUGAUCUCCAAACCCUACAGUUCACUUUGUUCCAGCUGCAGACCUGUAAGGUACAGGGUUCUCCGGGAUCCCCCAUUUCUGGAUGGAUCCCCAGCAAUAGUCACUCAACGAGGACGGAAGUUUGUUGACAAGGAAGUCAUAGUGGGCCAGCUGUAUCGGUAUCAGGUACAAGCUGUGGCAGGAGCUACUGUAGGAGAAGCCUCCCCGCCUUUGCUCCAUAUCCAUGGAUCUCCCUAUUGUGGGGAUGGAAAAAUAAACAUGGCUCUUACAGAAGAAUGUGAUGACGGAGACCUGUUAGACGGUGAUGGUUGUUCUAAAACUUGUAAAAAAGAGAAAGGAUUCCAUUGUGUUGGUGAACCAAGUAUGUGCUAUGUCCAUGAAGGGGAUGGCAUUUGUGAGCCAUUUGAGAAAAACAGCAGUAUUGUGGACUGUGGCCUCUAUACCCCCCAAAACUACAUAGACCAGUGGGCAUCAGAGGCCUAUGCAUCUCACCAGGAUGAGAAAGCAUGCCCAGUUUCCUUGGUGAUUGGAGAACCUCUUGUGAGGGUGUGCAAUCCUCACCCACAAGACAUUUUGGAAAACCAGCCUCCCAUGGCUUGGUUCCCUUGUGUGAACCAUGAUGUUUUUCAAGAUCCAGAGAAAGAAAAAAUGCUUUCGGAUGACAAAGUUUGGCUCAAAGUGUGCUUCAACAGACCCAGCACAGCGACCUCACUUUUUGUUUUCCUGGCAUCCGUUGGCUCAUCCACCAGUGACCAGCCCACAUCUACUGUAACGGUUCAUUUGCUAGACAUUAAUGGACACCGCCAUUAUAUUGCAACGUAUGAGCUUUCGUGUGAAGAGAACCCACUGGUCAUCAACAUAACAGAAAAUGCUGCUUUAGACCAAAUCACCUCUGCCUUGCUAAACUUCUCUUCCAUCUCCGUGGGUAUAUCUGCAGUAGCUUUGCGGACACAUUUGCCAUUAGACUCUUCAAGCCCGAGCAACUGCCUCCCAGAGCAUGAGGACCAUGGCUGCCAGAGACUCAGCUGCACCCAACACACAUGUGGAGAACAAGGGAGCUGUGCAUUCCCCCAUAUUCAUCAUGGUACUGUUGACAACUGCACUCUCAACUAUCAAGGACAUAUGGAAUGUACAAUUUCUUGUGAAAAUGGAUUUGUACUCCAUGAUAACCAUGGGAAAUUGUUGCGCCCAGGACAGAAAAAGAUCCUGUUGACCUGUAACUCUGGGCAGUGGGACAGAUCUGUGACUUGUGAUCCCGUUGACUGCCAGUUUCCAGAUCAAUCACAUGUUCUUUAUGCUGAGUUCUCUUGCCCCAAAGGGACUACCUACCUGAAACAAUGUUCCUUUUCCUGCAUCAAGCCAGCAAAGCUCCAAGGAAUGAGUCAGUGGCUGACCUGCUUAGACGAUGGACUGUGGUCACUUCCAGAGGCUUAUUGCAAGCUGGAGUGUGACACUCCACAUCCCGUUGCCAAUGCUGAGUUGAAGGUGCCUGAAUGCCUGAAAGAGAAUCACGACGUGGGUUCUGUCUGCACUUACGAAUGCAAACCUGGAUACUAUGUAGCAGAAACUGCAGAUAAGUCCAGGAAAAAGCUGUUAAAUAUUCAGUGUCUUGAAAGUGGCUUCUGGGAGGAAGGCAGCUGUAUUCCUGUGGUGUGUAAGCCACCCCCAGCCGUCUUUGAGGGAAUGUACACUUGCACCAAUGGCUUUGAGCUAGACAGCCAGUGUGUCAUCAGCUGCAGCCCACAGAUCAAGAAGCCUCCUGUCCUUUGCACUAAGGAUGGCUUGUGGUCAGAGGAAUUUAAAUUGUGUGAAGAGCUGAAAGGAGAAUGUUCACCACCCCAAGAACUCAACUCAGUGGAGUACAAAUGUGAGCAAGGUUAUGGAAUUGGGGCUGUAUGCACCCCUUCCUGUCUGAUUCUUCCAAGAGAUCCUGUGCUGCUACCUGAAAAUGUCACUGCUGAGACCAUGGAACAUAGACUGAAUCCAAUCAGAGUCCAGAGUAUUGUGUGUACUGGAAGACUGGAGUGGCAUCCAGAUCCAAAAGCCAUCCAUUGCAUUGCUUCCUGUGAGCCUUUUCAAGCUGAUGGCUGGUGUGACACCGACAAUAACCGAGCCUAUUGUCAGUAUGAUGGUGGGGAUUGCUGCUCUUCCACAGUCUCCUCCAGGAAGGUGGUCCUUUUUUCUAAUGGAUGUGACCAAGACGAGUGCACCUGCCGGGACCCAGCAGCGGAAGAGAACCAGUAACAACACCCACGAGGGCUUUUGUUGACAGGGCCACAAUUGGAACUUAAAGGGCUUGUGUAGGAGGAGCAGUAACUUCAAGGGCUAAAAGAAAGGACUUCACAAAAUGCACAUUUGUUAAGCGUCGUGAGGCAUCAUUAUACAAUGAAGAAGAAAAGCUGCAUGAGAAGGGACAGAAAGGAGGGAGAGGCAUGCAAGAAAAUAAAUCAUCACCUUUACACUCUCAGUUCAACCGCUUGACCAUCAGAAUGGAAAUACAAGCCACAAUGGCCUACUCCACAGCCUUGUCAGCAAUAUUGACAAACUGGCUCAAAUUCAGGCCACUGGACCACCUUCACUGCAUUUACUGUAUCAAUGGUUUGCUACCUACAACCGUCUUAUCUUUGCUCUGAAUAUUGUCAGUACUCUCCCCUUUUGACAUUUGGGUUUGAUUUAGUAAGGGGGGAAGGGGAGAUAAACGUAAUCUGUCUGCAAAUAUUUAAGCAUAAUUUUAUUACAAAUCUACAUUAUAUUUUUAUUUGCUGUUCAUUAAGCUGACCCACGCUGCUGUGAAGGAAAGUUGUAUUAGAAAAUGUUGGGGGCUGUAAUGAAAGAAAUUCCCAGAGAAUCCAAGGGCUGUUUUUAUGAACAGAAUUAAGACUCUCCAUUCCACCCACCACCCACCCCAGAUAGUACUAUUUCAGGUUGCCAAUUGAAUGUUGACUGUUCCUUCAGCUUUCCUUUCCCCCUGCCCCAGACCUUCCUUCGUGUGGAGAGCAACCCCUAAGUCUUAACCUACCAUUCUGUCUAGCAUUAUAGUUUCCUUAAUUCUGCAGAGAAUACCAUCCUGGAUUAGUACGGUCCAGGAAAAGCUUUACUAUCUGAUUCUGCUCAGUGUACAAGUUAGGCACUUCUGAGUACCAAUGUCCACGUGCCCUCCGCCUAUCUCAAUACGAUAAUUAACAAAGAUUAGAUGCUACAACAGAAUUCUGUGCAUCUGAAAAUUAGAAACAGUGAGAUGGCCCAUACAGCAGGUUUAUUAUACAUUAAGGGGUGGCAUAUUUCAGGAUAUGCUUAGAAAUAUAGAUCUGUAGAGUUGGAGGAGACUGAAAGGGUCUUCUAGUGCAAUCCCUGCCACGCA